CAGACUAAGUUUGAAAAUCUUCUUAAGAAAAGUGUUGCAUACAAAAAUGAAUCUCAGCUUCUUGAAAUGGUCUGGAAACAUUGUUCUGAACUUAUAUACUCUCUUGAUAAUCAUGAAAAACAACUUGGAUUCAAAGGAAAGGGAAUCACAACAUACUUUUCAGGAAACUGCACUCAAGAUGACGCAGAAAUUGUUGCUAAAUUUUUAAAGCAAAAGAAUAUUGAAGCUUACAAUACUAGAGUAUUUAAAACUGUUGAUAGCAAUGGCAAUAGUGUGUAUGAAAUUCGAUUGGCUUCUGUUGCAUCUACAGAGGAUAAUGAAGAUUCUGGAAUUCUUGGGCAACAUACCAUAAAUGGAUGCAAAUUUUUGUUAACUCGUGGUGAUUAUUCCAAUUUGCUGAAAUUUGUGAAUGAAAACUUACAAAAAGCCAAGAAUUAUGCAGCAAAUGAACAUGAAAAAGUAAUGUUGGAGAAAUAUACUCAAAGCUUCAGAACAGGAUCAUUAGAUGCCCAUAAAGAUGGUUCUCGUCACUGGAUAAAAGAUAAAGGUCCAAUAGUAGAAACAUAUAUAGGAUUUAUUGAAACUUAUAGAGAUCCUGCUGGAAUGAGAGGAGAGUUUGAAGGCUUUGUUGCAGUAGUAAAUAAAAGCAUGAGUCAUAAAUUUAGUGAGCUUGUUAAUAAUUCUUCAACCUUUUUGCCAUUGUUACCUUGGCCAGAUACAUAUGAGAAGGAUAAAUUUUUAAAGCCAGAUUUUACAUCUUUAGAUGUAUUAACUUUUGCAGGAAGUGGUAUUCCUAUUGGGAUAUGCAUCCCAAAUUAUGAUGAAAUUAGACAAAAUGAAGGUUUUAAAAAUGUUUCUUUGAGUAAUGUUAUGUUAGCAAGAAAAACAGAAACUGCACAAAAUUUUAUAAAUAAAUCUGAUCAAGAAAUUUUUAAAAAGCAUCAAGUGGGAUCUUGUGAAAUUCAGGUAGGCUUGCAUGAACUUCUAGGACAUGGAAGUGGAAAGCUUUUCAAGAGAGAGAAAGAUGGUUCUUUCAAUUUUGAUAAAGAAACUGUUCUUCAUACAGAAACCAAAGAAAAGAUUAAAAGUUGGUAUGAAGAAGGAGAAACAUAUGAUUCCAAAUUUGCAGCACUUAGUUCAUCUUAUGAGGAAUGCAGAGCUGAAUGUGUAGGAUUGUAUUUAUCAGUCAAUGAAGAUAUCUUAAAAAUAUUUGGCUAUUCAAAAGAUGAAGCUGAAGAUGUGACAUAUGUGAAUUGGCUUGAACUUGUUCGGUUAGGUCUUGAAGGGUUGCAAAUGUAUGAACCUAAUUCUAAAUCAUGGUUGCAGGCUCAUUCCCAAGCACGAUAUGUGAUACUUCAAGUAUUGUUAGAAGCUGGAAAUGGAUUUGUUAAUGUAGAAAAAUUAGAUGGUGCUGAUGGUAAACCUGAUUUGCUAAUCACAAUGGAUCGAAGCAAGAUUAAAUCUGUUGGAGUAUCUGCAAUUGGGGCUUUUCUGAGAAAAUUACAGGUAUAUAAAGCAACAGCUGAUGUGGAAAGUGCUACCAAAAUGUAUGAGAAAUAUUCUGUUGUAUCAAAAGAUGGACCUUAUCCAUUUCUUAAUUAUAGAGAGAUAGUUAUGGCAAGAAAAAAGCCUCGAAAGAUGUUUGUACAAUCGAAUACUAUUUUACAAGAUGAUACAGUUGUUCUGAAGAGUUAUGAAGCCACUCCUAUUGGUUUAAUUCAGUCAUGGAUCGAUCGUUUCAAAGAUGAUCAGUUAGAAGAAAUUUUGAUUGAAGCAUGGCAAAAAGAUAAAAAACAUUUUAACAUUUUAUAACUUAUUGCUUAUCAUUUUUAUAAGCAUCAUAUAUAAAAAUUUUAAAGUAUAUUUGUGCUUUUUUAAGUUUCUCUUGUUAUGUUAAUUUAAUUAUUAAAAGAUUAAAUUUUAGACAAAAUGCCUUAGUAAUUAAUGCUCUUGAUAUUUUAUCAAAAGGAAUUAUUAUAUUAAUACACAAAUUGUAAUUGUUAUAUUUUUUUAUAAAUUGAAAUUUCAUAUGAUGGAUGUGAAAUAUAAAAUAAAUUUGUGAGGUAUGUUUCUUAUAAUAGCAAUAAAUUUCUGAUUAAUCAGAAAUUACCUAUUGUAUCACAACUAAUUUUGUAAUAAAUUGAUAUCAAAUUUAAUGUCAAAACUUUGUACUGUAUUUGAAAAAUU